AUGAAAAUACGACAGCAAUAUGACAGGACAAUACGGAACAACACGUUACGAUACAUAAUAUUGGUAGCGACAACAUGUACAUUUGUCAUUUCGUCUUCGUUGUUUACUGAUUUUAGGCAUAAAAAACUAAAAUAUAGGGAAUGGAUACCAUUUGACUAUUCAUCUUAUAUAGUAUUUUGUUUUGCAUACGCUCAACAAAUGUUAAGCGCAUGUCACGCCGCUGUUGUAAAUGUCGCAAUAGAUAGCCUCAUGUGCGGGUUUUUGAUGCACAUAUGUUGUCAAAUUGAGAUCUUGGAAUAUCGCCUGAAAAAAUUUUUGGACAACCAACUUAUUCUGGGUUAUUGCAUAUGUCAUCACAAUCGAAUUUUUGAGUUUGCACAAAUAGUGAAUAUAAAAUUUACCAAAAUCAUCGGAUUUCAAUUUAUAGCAAGUAUGAUGAUAUUAUGCUCAAAUUUGUAUCAACUGACUAAGUCAGCUUUAAAUGCAGAUCAUUUUCCGUUAAUUGUAUACACAAGUUGUAUGUUAACGCAGAUAUUUAUUUACUGCUGGUUUGGAAAUAAAGUCAAAUCAAAGAGUCUUCAAUUAAUAGAUAGUAUUUUUCAAAUGGAGUGGCCAAUCAUGGAUAAUAAUGUAAAGAAGAGCUUACUAAUAAUUAUGAAACGUGCAAUGAUACCUAUUGAAAUUUCUACUGUAUAUAUCUUGACCAUGAAUCUGGAUUCUUUUGUAACGUUGCUUAAAACGUCGUAUUCUGUUUAUAAUUUAUUAACGCAAGUGCAAGAAUAA